AUGUCGAGCUCUGGCAAAGGUUACUCUUACACUGGCUCUGGCACGAACAGCCAGGGCAAUCACUAUUGCUCGCGUGACUAUGGCACUGGGUCGGAUUCGAACGGUUCUGGUCGCGGCGAUGCAUACCACUACUCCAACAGCAACGGAUCCUACUAUUACUCCAACUCCAACGGCAGCACCUAUUACAAUGAUGGCAAGGGCGGAUCGACUUAUACCCCUUCCAGUGGGAAGAAAUGA